AUGCUCUUUUCACGCGCAGCGAGCUUGGUUCUCGCUGCGCUUCAAACAGUACCGAGUGCUGCCGAGAUCAUAUUCGCAGGUGUUAACUCUGCUGGUGGAGAGUUUGCACAGCAGAUCCUUCCUGGAGCUUUUGGUACCGACUAUCGCUUCAUAAAUGAGAGUGCCAUCGAUUUCUUCCUCAAUGCCGGGGUGAAUACGAUCCGAGUCACUUUUCUUCUGGAACGUAUGUGCCCCCUGGAGACAGGUCUCGGCAGCACAUUCAACGAAACCUACUUUGGAGAAUUCGAAAAGGCCGUAAACUACAUCACCAUGCAAGGCGCAUACGCUGUCCUAGAUGCACACAACUAUAUGCGCUACAAUGAUCCAUCAAUGCAACCCCAAUCCGGAUCCAUCAUUGGAGACUCAUCAGAUCCUCAAGCCGCCACGGCAGAAGAUUUGGCUGAGUUCUGGAGCGAAUUGUCGACUCGAUUUCUGAGCAAUCCAAAUGUCAUCUUUGGCAUCAUGAACGAACCGCACGACAUGCCCACAGAGCUCGUCCUCGCCAACGACCAAGCCGUAAUCAACGCCAUUCGGUCCGCCGGCGCACAGCAACUGAUCCUAGUGCCCGGCAAUGGCUUCGCCGGAGCGCAGAGAUGGCUGAACGAAACAUGCGACCAAGGAUGCACACCGAACGCCGAAGUGAUGACAGCCAUCCAAGAUCCAGAAAACAACUUCGCAUUCGACAUGCACCUCUACUUCGAUAACGACACAUCGGGCACUCACGAGGAAUGCACGCUGGCAGCACCGAACAACCUCAUCCCCGUGACGAAUUGGCUAGCAGAAAACAACUACACCGCCUUCCUAUCCGAAUUCGGCGCCGGAUCGACUCCAACCUGCUCUGAGACUCUCAACAACACGAUUAACUGGAUGGAGGAUCACUCGCAGUUCAUCGGGUGGACGUACUGGGCCGCUGGACCGCUCUGGGGGGACUACUUCUUGAGCGUGGAACCGGGUGUUGGACCCCAGGCAAACACCACCUGGCCAGAGGUAUUGGAACCACAUAUCAGGAGCUAUCAGCCCAUGCAGAGAUGUGGUGUUAGUUCCAGUGGAACCAACGGAGUGUUUGACGGGGCCAUCAAGGCGCUGGAAGGCUGUUUAGGCCUCAGGCUGCCAGCGUAG